CCGCUCCCCGCCGCCUCCCCGCACUACAUAUACGUGCCUGUGUGGAAAGUGCCGCGGUGGGCGGGAUGACCAAGAUGGCGGCGUGUGUGCCGGAGCCUCCGCUCCGGAUGAGCGUGCUGUCUGAGGUUACCGCAAGCAGUCGUCACUAUGUGGACAGACUUUUUGAUCCUGAUCCCCAGAAAGUGCUUCAAGGAGUUGUAGAUAUGAAAAAUGCAGUGAUCGGAAACAACAAGCAAAAAGCCAACCUGAUAGUUUUGGGUGCGGUGCCAAGAUUAUUAUACUUGCUCCAGCAAGAGAGCUCAAGCACAGAACUGAAGACAGAAUGUGCUGUGGUUCUGGGCAGCUUGUCUAUGGGCACCGAGAACAACGUCAAAUCUCUGCUAGACUGUCACAUUAUCCCGGUCCUGCUGCAAGGUCUGCUGUCAGCAGACAUCCGAUUCAUUGAAGCUUGCCUGCGAUGCCUCCGUACAAUUUUCACCAGCCCAGUCACGCCGGUGGAGCUCUUGUACACGGAUGCCAUGGUAAUUCCCCACCUCAUGCUUUUGCUCAGCAGAUCCAUAUACUCCCAGGAGUACAUCUGCCAGAUCUUCGCCCACUGCUGCAAAGCUCCCGAUCAUCAGACCAUCUUGUUUAACCAUGGAGUGGUCCAAAAUAUCGCUCACCUGCUAACAUCUGUGUCUUCUAAAGUUCGUAUGCAAGCAUUAAAGUGUUUCUCCGUUUUAGCUUUUGACAAUCCACAGGUAUCAAUGACCCUUGUAAAUGUAUUGGUUGAUGGGGAACUGUUGCCACAAAUCUUUGUAAAGAUGUUACAACGCGAUAAACCAAUAGAAAUGCAACUUACAGCUGCAAAAUGCCUAACCUACAUGUGUCGAGCAGGCUCUAUCCGAACAGAUGACAACUGCAUUGUGUUAAGAGCACUUCCCUGCUUGGUGCGUAUGUGUAGCAAAGAGCGCCUCCUAGAGGAGAGAGUGGAAGGGGCGGAGACCCUGGCGUAUCUUAUAGAGCCGGACGUGGAGCUGCAGAGGAUUGCCAGCAUUACUGACCAUCUCAUCUCCAUGCUUGCGGAUUACUUUAAAUAUCCCAGCUCAGUCAGUGCCAUCACGGACAUCAAAAGGCUGGAUCACGAUUUAAAACAUGCCCACGAGUUGCGCCAAGCGGCCUUCAAGCUCUACGCCUCGCUGGGAGCCAAUGACGAAGACAUCCGGAAGAAGGUGAGUCUGGGAGAGGGGCGACCCCCGGUCCUUUCCGCCAGCAGACAGGGUGUGACACCCACCUGAAAAAGUCGCCAGGAAAAAAAGAAUUAACAGUGACUGUCAUGUUUAAAGCCAAAAGCAGAGACUGUGAGGGUUUACGGAAGAAUGAAUGAAUGGGGCCAUUGCCUUAUGGCUUUAUAUUUUUAUGCCGUUAGAAACCUAGCAUAGCCUGAUGGUAUGAGAAGACCAAUAACUUGCAUUCUAUUCCUGUGUUCAGCAUUAACCCUGCACAUUCCGUAUGCAUGAGUUCCAAUACACCGUUUCCUGUAGAGGCGAAGCUUUCCGGUGCCCAGGGUAACCACAACGCUACAAUGUCGCCACUGUCCAAAGCUGCUUCUGCUACAGCAUGUGUUACAUUAUAUCGUGAUAGCGGAAGGGUGAGUAUAUGUCCACAGCUUAGUCACAGAUGAAGCAGCUGAUUCAUGGCACGCGGCAGUGCCCCCUAGCAGAUCUAGUGGGUAUCACCUGGGCAUGCGUCUUAUCUCAGUGAUGUCACCGUAUCAUAGUGUCCGUCAUCUAAGUGAUGUCGGCUGCACACAUGGGAUGUCUGCACUGUUUGUAGCCAGCAGGUAGACUUGAAUAAACAAGCAUUUAUUGUGCACACGGUCUGCCUGCUGCAUCGUUGUCACAAGUCACAGGUGCGAGACGUGUUCCCUCGAAAAAUCUGCACAGCGGCAACUAUACUAUAAUGCGAAUGUGGCACACAGUUGUUUUCGCUAUUAUGCAUUAAACUUUUUUUAAAAUUGUAAAAAAAAAAAGAUAUAUAUUUUUCUUCAAAAUUUACUCAAACACAUAAUAUAUACAGAACCUGAGUGGGGAAGAUACCGGGCACAGGGUAGUAUUCACCAAUCACAUAGGUUCUCUAGUGCUGGCGACUUUCCUCGUCAUCCUUUUUUUUGCACCUGUCCCUUGCCACGUGCAGGUAGCACAGCAAAUAGCGCGCCCCUUUCCCUGGUUGCACGUGUCCGCACUUGCACAAAUACACAGAUGCUGUACUCUGCUUACAUUAGAAGGCGGCCAUUCCUCUCUGUCCCACGUAUCCAGAUGCAGGCAGGUGCACGUGGCAGUAUCUCAAAAAUCUGCUUGGGUGCGUGUGUGUGAGGUCGACUGGUGUGCCAGCUGGUGCAGCACUUACCGUGCAACACACCCUAUUACUGUAUUACUAGAGCAUGCUAGUUAUCAAAGAGGGGAUCAUCAUUGCAAGAAUUGGUGGGAGUCCAGUCCUGUUAGCCCUUGCCUAAUUCUGCAUCAGUCGUGGCGGAUCCAGUCUUCCUUCUCAAGUCAACUGACCAAAGCACACUCUUAAUAGCAGGCUUUUCAAGGAGAAAAUAACAUUGACACAUCUCCAUUAAGAGGAUUACAAUCUAUGAGGGUCGUGCAAUGAAGUUAUAUACACACACGUGCACACAUACUAUCACAUUUCAGUCUUUUUCAUGAAUUAUUACCACUAUUCCUUCUAUUGGAUAAUACAUUGCUGGAGUAAGGGGAGAAAAGAGCUGCGUCAUUUCAGGUGUUGCAGGUGCGCCUUGGUUUGUAGGUACAUACUACCUGCUGCAAGGGGACCAAAGACAAGCCCAGGCAGAGGAAUUGUUAUAUAGCCCGUCCGUGUCACCUCUAAUGUGGGAAAAACUAUUUAAUUUGUGUGCAGAAUUAGUAGCGCCUCCAAACAUUUCCGUCUUCCCAUUGACGUCCGUGAAAACUGUUCACCUUUCUCUCGAGUCUUGUUUUAUCUUCCAUGUUCCCGUGCUUCCGUCUCAUCCUCCACUAAUCAGCAGCUGAUAUCCGUCUACUUCCAGUAAUACUGUAGAGUUUCUCGCACAAACGGUAACCCUCAAUCUACACAUCCGCUACAACUGCUGACUGGUGUGAGCUGUAGUGUAAGACGAGGCGGCGAACUUCAGGGUGGGUUCUGUUGCUUUAGACAGAUGUCAAUGCAUUGAACAAACUUCAGCUGCCUGUCCUUUUACAGUACUUCCACUUACUGCAUCCAGCAGGCUCCGGAGUAUAGACGCAUAAUUUUUUAUUUUGUAUAGAAACCUUUUAUACACCAUAAAUAAGCCAAAUACAUCUGCAAACAUAACACAGCUGCUGCACAGUUUUGAGUGCGGAUAUUACCUGUGCAAAUUGUAGAUUAUUUGCACUACAAUGUUGAAGGGAAGCUUUAAUUAAGCCUACUGCCAGUAUGGGAUGCGGUCAAUUUACCUACAAUCAAAAUACCGACAACCAUUCACUGACAGAAUCCUGACAUGGUCAAAAUACCGACAUUUAAAAUGUCGACAGGUCAUUUUCCAUUGAAACAGACUUGUUUAUACUUUACCAUCCCAGUGAACCUGGAAGGGGAAAUAUAAUAGUGUGCCGGGCGCAGCAAAGCACCGUAACCGAAGCCGCUCGCCCAUGCGAGGGGACGCGUUACACUUAAGCGGUGCCCAUAUCGACCUAUGUUGUUGACAUACACACAAAAAAGUAAGACUUGUUUUGACUUUUUGACAUGUCGAAAUUUUAAAUGUCGGGAUUUUGACCGUGGGGAUUUCAUACUAAACCCGCCGGUAUACAUUUAAUUAGUGCACCUACCUAACACACUAAUACCCUUUCUGCACGGGGGCCUAUCUCUAAUAGAUGCAGUACAGGGGGUCACACACUACACCCCCCCCCCCUGCGCCCAUUAUACUUAACUCGGCCACCGCUUUCUCAAAGACUUGGUGCACACACGGUAGGUUUAUCACCGGUAGUGGCAAAGGGCAGGUCUAGUUUAGAGUUUCUAAUAGUGGUUAUCCUCCCCUAGUGUCAUCUAGCACACUGUAACGGCUAACGUUCACAAUCGAUAUACCUAUAAUUUUUGCACCAUAUGGCGUUGCCCUUUGGAGCAAUAUAGAUGUGUGUAUCCUCUACAUUUUUUUCCAUAAGCAGCCUUGGACAGUUGGGACAGUAGCAUUCCGAACGAGUUGGCACUUACUUUGGCUGCACAUAAAAUAUGGCUUCAGUAUUCAGUGCUGGUAGAGUCCAUGAGGUCUGAUAGACAGUCUCCCUCCGCCACGGCCUGUGCCCUGCUGUUGGACCAGCACUGCAAAAGAGACCUCACUUCUGAUAUUGCUUAUGUUGUGAUAUGUGCUAUGACAAAACCGACAUUUCAUUGUAAUCUGCACAAAAUGGUUUGCUUCUGGUCUGGCCUGGAUUAUAUCUGUUGUGCGUUUUUAAUUUUUUUCUUUUAAUAUUUUAUGUGUGAAUAAAGCUUUGUUUUAAUGA